UUUUUCUUCUCGUUGUAGCCACCUACUGCACGUUUCCCCUUACCUUUAUUGAUUCUGGGAUAAUCUAAAUCUACUGCUUCAGAGUCUUCUCUUCUUUUAUUUAUGAAUUUAGGUUCUUUCCUCUGAGCUUUGGUCAUUUUCUUUUGAGAAUUUUGUUCAAAGAAUUCUUUGAUAUAUUUCUUCUCCAUUUGAUUGAUGAAUUGCUUAUUUUCUGUUGAGUAAUGAAUUCUAACCUCAGUCCUAGGAUCAGCUGUUUAUAACAUCGAAGUUUCAGAAAUUGUUUCACUUUGUCCAUCUUUAGACUCUUCAUUGGUUCUGUGAUGCUGAAUUUCAUUGUAUAUUCAAUGUUUGAUUGAUUCACAUACCUGUGUUUCUCUGGAUCGUAAUCUGGUAUCAGGUGUACAAAGAGCAGUUUCACAUUGUUUUAGUCCUUGAGCAUUAUUUAAGCUGUUUGUUUUCAUCAGGUAGCCCUAUUGUAGUAACAAAUCCCUUUAAUCCUAAGCAAGCUUGGAGGAUUUCACUUUCAGAGUAUGUUUCAGGAGGUAACAUCUUAUACUCUUGUUCAAACAUCUCCUUUGGUAUUCUUUGAGCUGCCAGCUCCAUUGGUCCUUUGAUAACUCUCAAGUUAUCAAUUGGGAUUACUCCUCAUCAAACCAUUUCAGAUUUGAGGAAGCAAAACUAGGAAAGACCAGUCCUGGAGAAUCCCAUUGGCAUAUAUCGCUUCUUAAGUUGAUUAUUUGGAAAUGCUUUGUUUUACCUGACAUAGAAGCAACUCCAAAUUUUUUAGACCAACAGAGAACAUUAAUUACUAUCUAUUUACCGACAUUAGGAUACCAGAUCAUUCCAAUACUGUGCCUUCCAUCUUUUUCCUCAGGUUCACCACAUCUUUGCUUCAUAAAAACUUUGAUGAGUUUCGUGAGUCCCUCUCUGCUAUAAAUAGUGGCAACUCAAAGUUUGUCCAAAAUAUGCCUAAUUUCUGUAAAAAUAGUAACUUCUAAUUCACCAAUGAGCUAUAUAAAAUCAAUAAUUUCUUAAUG